GAAGGCAUUUCCCGUCCUGAAUAUGACGUGAAACUGUUCCCGAGAUUUGAUCGACCAAAUGCUGAAAAGCGACAUCAAAACAAGACCAAAAAUAAAAGACCAAAAACUAAAGACCAAAACCAAACCACCACAACAAAACAUACACCCUAUUUCACCGAGAAGCAAAACCACAGCUCUAGGCAACCAUGGCUUCCAGGGCAGGUCUAGCGACAUGUUUGGAUUCAGGUUCGGAGGCGAAACAAGUUGAAGCAGGCAUAUCUCUAGGAUCCUCGGACAUUCCGUGGGAUGUUGGGCCUACCUUCAUUUACUGGCCGUUGCAAAAGCUCGAUGCACUCACUCGAAGGGAGCCUUCACGAGCGAUCCAGGACAUGCACAACCCUAGGCUAGAGAAAGACCAGGAUCCGGUCGACUCCAGCCCCCCUACCCUAGAUCUCUUGAGCGGACCCGUGUCCGAUCCCGUUCAAAAAGCGAACGCCUGGGGCAACCCUGUCUCACUGACACAAGACUAUGACGAAACAUGGAGCUUAUUUCAGCCGCAACAUGAAUUAGACGAUGGCACGGGGUGGUCAGAAUACGCCUUCCAGGACAGCUUUGAACUCUACCGUGAAUCACCGCUCUUCUAUGUUGAACACUUCAGGGCCCCAUUCGACUCCCGCCCCCCAAGUCUAGCUUCAACUGUUGCUUCAACUCCCACACUAGACCACAACAGCCGCCCAGGCUCCAGAAGAUGUCACAAAUCCCCGCUCGCGUCACCUUUGGCCUGGCCACGGGCAUCAUCGCCGAAGAGAUGGGUUUGCACAAAAUGUGAUAAAGAUUUCAACGAAAAAAACUGCCUCAGAAAACAUCUACGCAGCCACAUUCGACCAUAUAGCUGCCCAACUUGCAAGAAGGAUUUUUCGUUCACCAAGGAUCUGAGGCGCCACCAGCUGACACGGGGCCAUGGCGGACACGACGUUAUGGAAUUGCUCUCCUGCCCAUCCGAGGGAUGUGGAUUCAAGUUUAAGGCGUGUAGGAGAGAUACGUAUAAGAGACACUGCAGGUUGGUUCAUGACGCGAGGCCGGGCGAGAAAACGAGGCGAAAAGUGGGAGAGUCUACUUUUGAAAGGGAUAUAUGAAUGUGGGAUAUUCGCUGCUCCAACAUUGCUUUCAGUCUUUGGUGAUACUUUAGCUAGACCGGCGUUCUAUUAUAGGUAUCGAAAUUGAUGCAAGAGUCUAUCGGGCACCACCCAAUCAAC